UUACUUUCCAACACGGUAAUAUAUAUUAAUGACACUAGAUGUGUAGAAUCAUUUCCAGAUUAUUCUGAAAAGGUGAUGACCCAUCACGAUGGAAGGCACUUGGUGGCACUAGACAGCAGACGCUGAGGGACGCGACUCGUUUCUUUUGGUCGUUGAACUAAGGACAACGUGGACUUCGGAUUUCUUUUUUCAGGACUGGGAGUUUUUUUAUGCUAUAGCGUGCUAUUAUGCACCCUUCUAUCAUUACGAAAUGCAUGUUUUUUGCGCUAUUGAUGGAGAUACAAAGUAAUCUUAUAUUAAAUGCGUUAGUCACAUGUAUAUCAUCUUUUCAUCUGCAAAACUUAUAGAGAAAACCUGAGUAAAGGCUAGGAUAGGAAAUGAAGGUACUUAUUACAUAUCCUUCUGGUGGUGGCGGUCACCAUGGCAGAGAAGCUCCCAUGGAGUGGGAUUAGCGACACUUCAACGCCUCCGUCAUCCCCGUCAGCGGGCACGCAGGAAGGAGCGUCAUCAUACUCCUCAUACAACACCGAAGGUGCGGGGAUGUACGGCCAGUCCACCACGCAAACACCAUUUGUCAGCAGUUUCUAUGGUGUCCCUGUCGCCCCUCCUUCAACGACGACCCCCGGGCCAGUCACGACUCCCAUGUCAUACGGCCCAGCACCUACCGCCAUGGUCCCAGCAACCCCUCCAGGAUCCCUUCCUUACCCGUCCUACACGAGCAUCCCUCCUGACCUUGGCUUCACGUGCACAGGCCGGCUGGAUGGAUAUUACGCAGACCCAGAGGCGCAGUGUCAAGUGUGGCACUGGUGCGUGCCAGGAGGAUACAAGUACUCCUUCCUAUGCCCAGUCCAGACCCUCUUCAACCAGGCAACAAGAACGUGUGACUGGUGGUACAAUGUGGACUGUCAGGUUGCAGUGUCAUUGUAUGGGAAUAAUGCUGAGCUUUAUAAAGUUUAAACUGGGGGUGUGGGGAAGUAUCUGUAUGCAGCAGUUAAUAUUCUGUGAUAAUAGACAACUAUCAAAGGAGUGCAAAUGAUCAUGGGUUGUUUACCAGUUUGGAUAUGCCAAACAUUUAGGAUUUUGGUACUGAUAGAGAGGCAUUUACAGUUGUCAUAUACACUGUUGUCGAAUGUAUAAUAGAAGAAUAAUGGAGAAAAAAAAUCUUGUACAAUGCUAAAGCCUGAUAUUGAGUUAGUUGUGCAAGUAUUUUCACUUAAAAAAACAAUAUCUCAUCAUUGGAAUAUAUUGUGAUAAAAUUAGUUCAUAUGUACAAGGAUUUUCCCAGACAAAUUCCUAUCCUUGACUUUUAACUCAAAGGAGCCAGUUUAAUGCACACAUUCCACAAAAUGUCUUGGUUAUAUUUCUCCUCUGACAAAUUACUUUGUCUUUAACCAGAGUUUAGUGUAGUAUUUUCUUCUUUGCAGUUGACGUAGUUUGUAUAAUUUGUCAUCCCAAAACUGCUGUAUGCUGAGGUACAGAAUUUACCAAAGACAGCAUUAUUGCUUAUGUAUAGGAUUUUAUAC